CAGCAGCUGGUGGUGGUUAAAGAAGAGGUUCCCCCUGAGCAGCAGGAGUGGAGCUCCAGUCUGGACCAGGAGGACCCAGAGCCCCCCCAACACAUUAAAGAGGAACAGGAGGAACUCUGGAGCAGUCAGCAGGGAGAGCAGCUUCAAGGGCUGGAGGAGGCUGAUAUCAUCAAGUUCACAUUCACUCCCGUCCCUGUGAAGAGUGAAGAUGAUGAAGAGAAACCUCAGUCCUCUCAGCUUCAUCAAAGACAAACUGAACACCUGGAAACAGAAGCUGAUGGAGAGGACUGUGGAGGACCAGAACCAGCCAGGAACUCAGAUCCAGAGAGACAUUUACAACCAGAGACUGAGGACAACCCUGGAGACUCUUCUGAACCUGACACUGAAGACAGGGCUGAUUGGAAGAAGACCAGAGAACCAGGUUCAAACUCUCAGAAAAAUAAACAAGACCCUGUCAGUGAUUCAGGAGAGAAAACAUUUGGCUGCUCCAUCUGUACGAAAACUUUUAAGCACAGAAGAAGUUUAAAGAGACACAUGAGAAUCCACACCGGGGAGAAACCAUUCAGCUGCUCAGUCUGUAAGAAAUAUUUUACACAAAGAGGAUAUUGUAAGGACCACAUGAGAAUCCACACAGGAGAGAAACCAUUCAGCUGCUCAGUCUGUGAGAAAACAUUUGCAUGGAAAGGAUAUUUAAAUCUGCACAUGAGAAUCCACACAGGAGAGAAACCAUACAUCUGCUCAAUUUGUAAGAAAUCUUUUGCACUGGAGUGGACAUGUACAUCGACACAUGAGAAUCCACACAGGAGAGAAACCAUUCAGCUGCAGUGUUUGUGAAGAAAGAUUCACACAGAGCUAUCAGGUCAAAAGCCAUAAGUGUGUUGGUCGUCAGUCCUCACAGCUUCAUCAAACUCAAACUGAGG